GAAUUUGCAUAUUUUUUUUUCCUGAUGUAAACAAUUUAAUUAUUUUUAAUUAAAAUGUCCUGUUUUGAUAGAAAUUUGCCGUAAAAAAUAAAUUGUUAAGUAAAAUAAGUUUAAAGUGUAUAAUUAAAAUGGAACAACGUGCUAAUUUUCUUGCCCUUUGUUUAUUAGAUGCUAUGGAAGAUGAAGAUCCAAAAAUGAUUGAAGAUGUCUUAAAUAAAUACGAUGUCAAUCCAAAUAUCAUAAUCCAAGAUAGAGGAAUCUCUCCAAUACAUUAUUCCUGUGGAAUGCCAAAUAUCCAAUUAGCCGAAAAGACUACCGCUCAACUUUUAGAAAGAGGAGCUAAUCCAAAUGUAUGUUCCGAAGACAAUAUGACACCAAUGCAUGUUGCCGCCAUUCAUGGAAGAGCUAGCAUAGUUAAAAUGCUUUUGAAAAAAGGAGGAAAGCUUGACGUUCUUGAUGUGGAUCGAAAAACUCCCAUUCUCUAUGCCAUUCACGAGUGUCAUUUCGAUGUGGUUAAAGUUAUGCAAGAUCAUAUAUUUGAGCAAAAAUAUCAAAAGAAAACUCAAGAUCUAUCCACCAACAAACCAGACACUCCCAAGAUAUUAAAAAACAAUCAUCUUUCAAUAAAUCAAAUGGAAAGUAAAAAAUUCACUCCUAAUCGUAUUAACUACAACUAUGACGUCACAAGUCCAUAUUACAUCAAUAUUACUCAUCGCCGCAAACCAGAUCCAUGUACAUGUUGUACGCCUAAAAUCAACGACGAAGAAGACACAUUAGACAAUAAUACAACAUCAAACGAUACACCGCCACCAACACAAAACAUAUUCGCUUUGACCAAAGAAAAUAUUAAAGAACUAUCAAAAGAUCUUUCCGAAGAAACCAAUACAUCUCCAAAGUCUUUGAUCAAUGCAUGGCGUGAAAAAGUCCAAAGAGCCAAGAGUAAACAAUCGAUAUUGGAAAAAUUCAAUGAUAUCGAUUCUCUGCUAAGUGGUAUAAUGGAAAAUGAAGAAUUGGACUUCACAAAUACUCUACUCGAUCUCAAUAAGGAGAAUGAAACUAAUGAAGAAGAGACGUUGCAACAGAAACAGAAAAAGUCAUUCCUUAAUACAAGUUUUGGUCGGAUUGUUAAGACAAUAGAAGAAGUACCAACAGAGAUUGAAGAUAGUUUUUAUACAGUUCCUGAUGUUGUUGGCGGGGGUGGAGAGCCUGCUGAACCUCAGGCGCAAUCUACACAAAUGAAUGAAACAAAUUUUAUAAAAUCUCCAAGAAAUACCGAAUAUAUUGUACAAAUGACUGAAGCUUAUGUGCAUACAGAUGAUGAAAAUGGAUUGGUUUUCUAUGAGACGAAACUCUUGAAUAAUCAAAUAAAUAGAGAUUCACCGAAAAAGAAUAUUCCAAAUAAUCAAGUUCACGAUGAAUCUGUAACGAGCGUUUCAACUAACCUCACUGUUCCAUUAGACUAUGAAACUGAAGCGCUUAGGGCGGAACUAACACACUUUGGAGAUCCUCCUGGACCCAUAACCAAAAGUACAAAAAAGCUAUACAUAAAGCGCCUAACAAAGUACAAACGAAACACUUCGCAGAUGAAAGCACAAUUUAAUGUAAACGAAGAGAACAAAACAAAAUUUUCAGUCGAACUUGAUCGAACCAUUCGUCGUGAAGAAAUCUUCGAACGAAUCACAGAAUAUCGAACUUUUGAACAAGAACUUGUUGCAUAUUUUCAAAAUAAUCCCAAUACAAAGCGUCUACGUGAGGGCCAUCUUAAGCAGAGUUUCAUUUAUAUGCUAAUUGAUCCGAGGAUUUCAAAUAAUUUACCAGGAGAAAGUUCUUUUCUGACAAAAUUUGAAGUAUGGAAAAGAUUUUUGAUGUCAAUUUUCUAUGUUGGCAAAGGAAAAACAUCACGACCAUAUUCGCAUUUGUAUGAUGCUAUGAAAAAAUACUCCAGACUUCAUGGAACGAAUCAAACUAAAGGAAAUGGAUUAAAAACCAUCUCAAUCGAAUCAUUCAAAUCACCAACAAACAAAUCCUAUGAUAGUAAAAAACUUGACAAGAUUCUAGACAUCUGGUCAAAUGGAAAAGGUGUUGUAUGCUUGCAUGUCUUUCAUAAUAUUCUACCAGCAGAAGCAUACACUCGGGAAGCGGCAAUUAUUGAUGCGUUAAGCCUGCAACAUUUAACAAAUAUGAAACGUGGUGAUUAUUAUGGUCCAGCACAGUCAUGGACAAUGCGUGCAAAAAAAUGCUUGGGUGUUGGAUUGCUGCAUAAGGCAAUGCAAAUCUAUGUAGCCGAGGGAGAAUCACAACUCUCACCAAGUGAUCUAAUCUAAAUGAAAGCAAAUUA